GGGUGGGGACUGGGCCGAAGUCCACGCUGGGCUGGAUCAGGGAACCAUAUAGGGAAGAGGGACAUAAGACAAAGGGGAGUUGUGCAAGGUGUACAGAGUGAGUGGAAGUUGUCCAAGACGUACACCGCGGGAGAGAGACAUGUUCUGCACCGCGGGGGAGAGAAUGUGUCCGGUGUACACCAGGAGACAAGUUUUGUACCAGAGAAGAGAGGUGUGCCUGGAGAGCACCGCGGCAAAGCACUGAUCAGAGGGGGAAAGCUCAGUUGAGAGGGAAGGGAAGAGAAGCAAGCAUGGAGGAGCAGCGCGGACUGGACUGUGUGCCUGGCGUACAAAGUCCACACAAGCCCUUCGACUCRGGAUUGGAACAGGCCAGUAGAAGAGUAUGACGAACAGAGGGAACGGUGCGCAGUGGGCAAGCGACCGCAGAGCACGCAGCGAGCGAGUGUCUCAGAACAACGGACCAGGAGACUGCAGCGGAGAUGGUGAUGGGUCGUACCUGUUCGUGAGGCGCUGCGGUUUAGCGCUGGUCAAAGGGAGCAUGCUGAAGUUUCACUCAGUUGGCGACUUUCAACUUUCAAGAGAGGCAAAAUGGGUCUCUUCUGCCCUUGUGUUCUGUUUGGCAGGAAUAUGGAGAGGAUGAACCACACACCGUGGACAGGGCCUUGCAUCUGCCAUGCCAUCUGUGUUGAAGGAGGAGCUGCGACCACAAUUGGAGCACUUAUAUACUUCCACUUCCAGCAGCUUGUGGUUCCCUUCAUCUUCUGGUGGCUUUGUGGUCUCUACAUGGCAGGACCACGCAGCGAGAUACAGAGAAAAUAUCAGUUAGAGAGCCAACCUUGCGACCCAGCUAUUGUGCACUGUCUAUUACACUGCUGUGCACUUUGCCAGGAGCAUCGGGAGAUGCAGGUCAGAUUGAUUGACGAUAUUGAGAUGAAGACCGUCAGUGAACCGCCACCUAUUCAGUCAAUGGAGGGGCCAACAUCUCCAGCGCGCUCGCCGAGAGCGGCAGAAUGAUUCCGACCGUGAUAAGUACUGUAAGU